AUGGCUCCGCCAGCGCACUUUCGCUUGCCGUCGUUGAUCCUCCCGACGCCUCCGGCCCCGCGCCGCCGCUCAGGCUCCGUCGGCGGCGUGAGCACCCUGCACCUCGCGCGCUCGGCCGGCCGGUCAGGCGGCGGCAGUGGGCCGCCCUCCAUCGCAAGCGGGGUCAGCGACGACGACCGCGAAGCCAGCGGCAGUGCGCGCAAGACCAGCCUGCACCUCACACCCAUCUCGCCGUCGGCCGAGUCGUAUCGCGACCGUGACACCGCCCGUGAGCAUAUCCCAGCAACCCCCAAGAGUCUCCCGACCUUGCCCGCAAGUCCACGGGGCAGCACCGACGCCCUCUCGCCGCUGCUACCGCUCGAUCCGGGCGAGUGGGCCGCGGCCAACGCUCACCCGGGCGCGGGACUCGAAGACCACGACCAUCCCGGCCAUCCGGGCCAACCCCGCCGCGUGCAGUUUGCGACCGAGGCAUCCGUCGAAGUGUACGAUGCCCUCAGCGACGACCUGGACAUGGAUUUGGGCCUGGACGAGGCCGAGUUUGAGCGGCCACGAGGAAAGGAGAUGCUCGCUAUUGUGCUGAGCUUUUCGGCGCUGCUGGUACUGGCUAUCGCUGCUGGCCUGACGACAAUCUUCGACUGGGUCUUGUAG